AUGGCAUUGCUCUCAUCACUACUGGCGCUCCGGCAAGACAAACGCCUGCUAAAGAUACCGCCCUAUCUUUCUGCUCUCCUAGUCAUUGUCGGCAUAGGAUGGUUGCUGGUACUUCCACUGAACGAGUACUCGCGAAGGACAUAUAUAUCGGAGAAUGCGCUGCUUCCGGGACAGGUACAUACGUACUUUACUGGCAGUGAACACAACGUCUUCCGCGCCUAUCGCCAUGAGGUCCACGCCUUGAAAGACAGCCCAGUGCCAGAGCGAUCCCAGAAGCUCGAGGCCAUCUUCCGCGAACAAAACCUCAAGGUUGCGACCCAGCACUACAACUAUACCGUCUCGAACCGCACCAUCGCAAACGAAAAUGUCUAUGCCAUACUCCAAGGCCCUCGCGCUGACGCUACCGAAGCCAUUGUGCUGAUCGGAGCUUGGACAAACAUGGAAGGCGAGAUGAACAACUCGGGCGUCGCAUUGGUUCUCACUCUCGCACGCUACUUCAAGCGCUGGAGCCUAUGGAGCAAAGACAUUAUUUUCCUUGUUACUGGAGAUAGCACAAUUGGAUCCCAGGCCUGGGUUGAUGCAUACCACGAAGGACACGACAAGCAAUAUGUAGAGAGUUUGAAGAUCAAGAGCGGGGCAUUACAAGGAGCUGUUGCGGUUGACUAUCCCGCUGGUCCAUGGGGCCACCGCUACGAUAAGCUGCAUGUUGUGUACGAUGGCAUCAAUGGGCAGCUUCCCAAUCUCGAUUUGAUCAACACUGCGGUCCAGAUUGCAUCUGGUCAACUAGGCAUUGACUGUGUUAUUCAACGCAUGUGGAAUCACGGCGAUUCCUACAAGGAGCGCCUGCAGACGAUGCUUCGAGGCAUGCUUUCGCAAGGUCUUGGCCACGCAACCGGACCUCACUCCUCAUUCAUUCCGUACCAUGUCGAUGCCAUUACCCUGGUGACAGUCGGAAAUGGCUGGCAUGACGAGAUGUCGCUUGGAAAGACGAUUGAAUCGCUGUUCCGCAGCUUGAACAACCUUCUCGAGCAUUUCCACCAGAGUUUCUUCUUCUACCUCUUGUUGCAGGAUAAGCGGUUCGUUAGUAUUGGCACAUACCUGCCAUCUGCCAUGAUGAUUGCUAUCAACUUUAGCAUCGCCGCAAUGGCACUCUGGGUCAAGAGUGGACGGGUUUCAGAGCCCCUUGAAAAUCCCGCAGCUACAAAGCCCAAAGCUACAAAGCCCAAACCAGCUGAUUCCAAGUCGAGCUCGGCUGAAAAGGACGCUUCUGGAACGGACAAACUAGAUAAGGAAGAUCUCGAGAGGGAAGAAAAGGAAGAAAAGGAGGAAACCAAGGAGAAAGAAUCCAAGAAGGAAGAACGCGCCACAAAAGUCAUCAAAAAAGACGAUUCUAUCGCCGUCGUCCCCACCGCUGCAACAAAAGUAACAGAACGCCACCUCCUCCCACCCCUGGUCCUCGUCCUCGUCGCCCACGCAGUUGGCCUCGUCCCCCUCUACCUUUUCAGCAACUGGGACGCAGACCACCUCCCUGGCCUCUUCAUCACAGCCUGCAACAUCACCACCAUCCUCCCCAUAGGCGCUACUUUCCUCUUCUCCUGGUCCGCUCCCGAGAUCCUCAACCCCCAGGCUCUGUGUCUCCUGCAAUGCUUUUCUUUGCUACUGCUAGGAAUGUUCCUUGCUGCGCUGGCCACGCUGAACUUCUCGCUCAGCGUUAUCGUCGGUGUGGCAUGUGUCCCGCUUAGUUUUGUGCGCAAGACCACGCAUAAUGGGGCUACGGCUUUGCAGUUACUGCUUCUUGCGCUUUUGAACCCUUGUUUGAUUGUGCAGACGGGGACGAGGCUCAUCGAUGCGGAUUUGAUGGAGGUGCUGGUGCAGAGUGCGAUUGGGUGGCAUGUUUGGGGUAUGUGGACGCAGGUUGUGUUUUGGUUGGUUUGGUUCCCCGCGUGGUUGGUGGGUGCGGUUGUUGUUGGAACAGGUAUGUGGGAUUAUUAG